GUUGACUGUUUGACCUUCGUUAAGAAAGCGUGUAAAAGGUAAUGCACCCGAAAAACAAAAAUGGUUGGUAAUAUCUCUCUCAAAGUCUCAAUUGACCUGGAAAUUUGAAAAAACCCAAGAAAUCCUGCCAUUUCAACAUUUUUGGUUUGCUUAAAUUCUGAAAUGCAGCCUUUUGCAAGCAUCUUAUUUGAGCCAAUGUCAGCGGAUGGACUCAUGUUGGCUUUCUCUAAGAAUGAAGUCUGCAUUCCAAUCAAACUUCCGUGCCGACAAGCGAAGGCCUUACUGAACGUCUGGGAGCCAGGCUGCAGUCGCUGUAGUACUACUUCUGUAGUUGCAUUGAGCAGGUCCCCCAGAUGUUUCAGUAGAGCUACUUCAUCUAUGAACUACUCUCGUCUAGGGGCACAGUGUUCUUCAAAAUCCUUCUCAGAAAUGGCACCUGUAGUUCAAGGAGCAGUUAUUGUGAUUAUGGGUGUUAGCGGUUCUGGAAAAACAACUAUAGGUAAUCUUCUAGCUGAAGCUGCAAACUGUGCUUUUCUUGAUGCAGAUGACUUUCACCCAGAUUCUAACAAAGAGAAGAUGAGAAAAGGAAUUCCACUCUCAGAGGAAGAUCGGAUGCCUUGGCUUCAAGUACUUUGCAAUGCGUUGAAAAAUCGCAUAACUGAUGGGGAAAUUACAGUUCUUGCAUGUUCAGCUUUGCGUAAAAAUUACAGAGAAAUUCUCAGAUCGUCAGACCCAAGUUACGUUACAGAGAAACAGGGUAGCAGGGUGAAGUUUGUUCUUCUUAAUGUUCCUGUUGAGGUACUUGCUGAUCGACUGAAUAAGAGACUGACUAACGGAGAACAUUUCAUGCCGCCAUCUUUGUUGCAGUCUCAGUUACAGUUACUUGAGAUUGAUGCCUCUGAAGGAAUACUUCAAGUUGAUGCUACAUUGAAUCCUGCGAUCAUUGUGGAAACUGUACGCGAUUCACUUGUCCAAAGAAACAUAGAAAGCUAAGUAAUUGAAGUUGCAGUCAUGAACAUAUGUAUUGUCGAUUAUCUACCAUAUGGGGAAGUACUAUUGAUCUUGCACAUGAUGAAGUUGAAUUGAUUCAAUAGAGUAGAAGAAUUCUGAAGUAUUGGAAAUUUUUACAGGGUGGUUGUUCAUCCAACUUUGUUGUAUAGAUGCUAAUAAUGUGUUAAGCUUGAAUCAAAUUUAUAUGGAUUGAUGUGAAGUUUUUACUGAUAA